AUGAUUAUUCCAAUAAGGUGUUUUACAUGCGGAAAGGUAAUACAAUGUUAAUUGAAUGAAUUAGGUAGUGGGUCAUUUAUGGAAUGAUUAUGUUCAAUUGCUUUAGGAUGGUGUAUCUACAGGAGACUCUUUAGAUAGAUUAGGAUUAGAGAGAUAUUGUUGUAGAAGAAUGAUAUUAACACAUGUAGAUUUAAUAGACAAAUUGCUAAAUUAUAAUAGUAAAAACUUAAGUGUAAUUUUAGUUUACAAAACACUGUGA